AACGGACAUUGAGCAAUCUGAAAAGCUCACCAUGAGCCUUUGGCUCAGGUGAGCUAAAAAGGGAAAAAAAAUCAGAUGCGGAAAUAAAAAAAAAAAAAGAGACAGGGAAAUAAUAAAAAAAAAUCAACAACAGAAUAAGAAGUACCAGCAAAAACUCCAUAACUUAUAAAAGAGAAAGUACUAUGAUAUUGUAAUUGCUGUGAAUUCAUCCAAACAUAAUGUAUCAUGUUCCUGACUACCAACAGAACCUGUCUCUGAGACUGUCUGAGGUCCUUGAUGAUAUUGGAGUUAGUGAGGAAAUGGUGCUCAAGAGGAGAAGGUCAGUCCUACUGGAAGAAACUAUGUUGACAAUUACACGCAUGUCUAUAUCCAAUCAUUCCAUGAACAUUUUUGGCAGUUCUUGUGAGGGCACAACAACAGUAGGACUUAAUUCAGAUACAGACUUUCUAUGCUGUGUACAUGAUUUUAAUGUGAUACAGGACUAUGCAGACUGGAAACAUGGCUUCACUAAUCUACUGAUGAUCCAGGAUAAUACUACAUCACCUGGUUACUGUCUUCUACAACAGAUCAGAGAUGAUGUACCUCUUCCUGCUACACAUGUUUUAGAUGAGGACCAUGUCAGAGAUGCAAGUGGGAGGGUGUUGCUAAAGAAUACUUUAUAUAGAGAUGUUAUGCCUGCAGAUGCUGUACAACAUGGUCCAUCAUGGGCUAGAGAGGGAGACCCUGGAUUUGCAGAUGCUGACUAUGUUUUUGCCUUCCAUUGUAAUUCAUGGCCCUAUGAAGCAAGACCCUGGUUAGACAGACAAGGAAUAGGAAGUUGGCCCACUGCAGACAUGAAGAGAUUUGCAGUAAAUAAUGGAUGUUUUGUUGUUCCCGUGGGAAGUAAAGUCAGCCAGAAUCCAGAGCUUGAAUGGAGAAUUUCUACUUCACAAGCAGAGAGAUGUUUAAUGUUUAGUUUAAACAUUACACAAAUACGCUGUUAUGUAUUGAUGAAAAUGAUUCUGAAAACAUUUCUUCAACAUGCUGGUGAAGGUCACAUUACAAGUUUUAUGUGUAAAACUGUUCUGUUACAUUGUAUUGAAAAAACACAUUCAAACGCAUGGCAGGAAAAUAAUUUAUUUACAUGUUUAUCAUGUUGUUUACAUGUACUAUACAAGUGUUUACAACAAGAAAACUGCCCACAUUUCAUUACACCUGGAAACAACCUGAUGGCAGGACAGUUUUCAGCUGAAGUCAAAGCUCUGUUGCUAGAAAGGCUCUUUCACUUAAUACAAAGUGAUGGUCAAGCAUUGCUUGAGGUUCAAAUUGAUGAACUUGGUCUAAGAUUACAGAUCAAACUGAGCAGGUUAUAUCUGAUACCAGAAAAUAUUCCAUCUAAAAAGAAAAAAUGUUUAGAAAUUUCACUACCAUUAAUAGGAAACACAGUUUGCAGCAUCACUCUGUGUAUUAAAGAACUGUUAAUAGCAACAAUUCAAAACAGUCCUGUAACAACUGUACAGAACUUGCUCAAUGUAUUAGCAUAUUAUAAGAGAUGUUAUACAGAAGGAAGUAAGUUAGAACAGAAAGCCAGCAGUCUCCUCACACCAAUGGUCUGCUCAACAUUGGGAACUACAAUAGCUUCCAUAAAUAUUCAGACAAACAACACUGUACCUCCAGAAGCACUAGACUGGUUAAGCGCAGGCCUGAAUUCUGAUGUUGCAUCUAGUAGACUGAAACUUGCAUCUGUGUUCUACAGUGUGGGGAAUAUGGUAGAAACGGAAUUCAUUUUAAGAAAUACAGAGGGACAUUAUGGCUUUGGCAUCACUGAGGCUUCAUGUGGCUGCUGUUUAAACAAGGUAUGUAUACGUAAGCGGAAUGUUUGCAGAAGCUGCAUAUCAUCAAAAUGAAGAAGCUGUAAGAAGGGUCUGUGCAUUUUGUGUCAAAUUUACUCCUGCUGAAAUUCAUUGUAUUCCUCGGGAACUGCAGUAUGAAAUGUACCGAUCAAAUCAAGAUGACUUGCAGUAUAGAGAUGAAGAUAAUGUCUCCUGGAUGGAUUGGGCAGUGGUAGACUCUCUGCCUUACCUCUAUUUCCUACAAUACAAGACCUACAGACACCUUCAGAGAUUUGAUGAUCAGCAUCAAGCACUUGCUAAUCUUGCUAGAACAACUGAAACAGAGGAAAACCUUUAUCACAGAGAAACAGCACUGAAUCUACUUGGACAGUGCAUGGAACAGGAGAACCAACCUAACAAAGCUUUACACUGCUACAUGAUGUCACUGAAGGUUAGAGAAAGAAAUAAUGUAGCAAAAGUCCACAUCUGCAGACUUCUAGCAAACUAUGUGUCAAAUUUAAGAUGACAUUUUACAUGUACUAGUAUCAGCUUCACAACUCUUUCCUGCGUUUUCAACAGAUACCCAAGGAUAAUAAAGACACAUUCAUCACCAUCUAAGUUUGCAUUUUACUUUAAUGUUUUCCCUGCUAAAUUUCUAUAAUGGACUGGUCCAUCAUUUGAUUUAAGCAAUACCAUUUAUUAUUCAAUGGGGUGUUCACUUAAAAGUUUUUACUGACUGAACAGCAAACAGUGCAGACCAUAAUCAGGGAUGUGCAGGCAAAAUUUAUAUAACGAACCUUUCCAUCUUCAAUUUGGACAGUACCAUAAACUGUCAAAUUGGGUGCUUAUCAAAAAGAUACUAACUGAACAGCAAAUAGUGCAGAUAUUGAUCAGACUACAUGGAUGUGCAGGCUGAUCAAGAUCUGUACUGGUCGCAAAGGCAGAAUCAAUCGUGUCCAGCAUGGUAAGGUUUAAGGGGAAUAUUUUAGUAUACACCAUGAUCCAAAUGGACCAGAAAAUAUAGCAGCAAUGAGUCCAAGAAUUAGGAGAAUUUCCAGCUGCCACACUUUAAUUAAGAGUUGUGAUUAAGAUGUUGUGAUAUUUGUUUUCUUUUGUAAAUUUAUGUUAAAUAAAUUAUUUGAAAACUAUGAAACAGUGUUUCUAAAAAUUACAAUGAUGUUUUGUGGAGAUGCAGUAAUUGUUAAC